AUGAUGCAGAAACAGUUUAAAGGCGGCCCUGAGACAGGCCUGCAGGCCGUGGAGCAACGGUUGCAUCGAAUUCGCAUUACCCUCACGUCGAAAGAUUUACCGUCCAUUGAGAGAGUCUGCUCAGAGCUUGUCAACGGAGCAAAGGAGAAAAAUUUACAAGUUUCGGGGCCGGUGAGACUUCCCGUGAAAACGCUGCGCGUCACAACUCGCAAGUCGCCUUGCGGAGAAGGUACAAACACGUGGGAUCGAUUUGAACUGCGCAUCUACAAGCGACUGAUUGACCUGCAUUCACCGAGCGAUGUUGUGAGGCAGAUCACGAGCCUGAGCAUAGACCCCGGCGUGGAAGUUGAAAUUACUAUGCCAGAAAUCUAG